CCUCACAUUUACGGUUGAUCUAAUACAUGUUAUGAAUCCAAGCAACAACUUACAGAUAGUUAUAUAUUUCAUAAGUUAUAAGCCCAGUGUAUUUAUCUGUAGCUUACGUUGCAUACAGUUUAUGCUGUACUUAGAAAUAAUACAACUUGAAGUUAGAGAAUUAAACGUCCGAUUGGAGAAAUUGAUUAAUUCAUGUUUGAAACUUCAUUUGCAAGACGUCAAAAUUGCAAUUGGUGGAAAUUUGGAAGCAAAUAUUUUAACAGAACUGAGAUCCAUUAUGUUGGAUUAUAGUCAAAUUUAUGAUAUGUGUGAAUCAAUAAAAUCCAGUGUUAACUGGUCUACUUUAUUAAAUUAUGUGAGAGCUUAUGUACAAAUUUUGGUCGAUUGUUAUUGGUCUUAUUAUUUGAUUUAUAUUAGAAGUGGCAUUAUUGGAUAUACUUUAAUAAUACCAACAGGAAUUAUACUAUUACAACUGUUUCUAACAUCAAGAAAUUGCAUGCGUUCGGUAAGAGUUUCUAAGCCAUCAGUACUAGCACCUAUUACUUUAAUAUUACUUUAAGUUUUCUUUCAAAAACGAAUACAUCCUUUUAAUACAUAAUAUA